AUGAACAGACAGCCGGGGCCCAAUGACUGGUGGUGGGCGCAGCACGCGGCGAGCUGCGGCGGAAGUUAUAUUAAAAUUAGCGAGCCAGAGCCGAAGGGGAAAAGGCAAAAAAAUAAAAUAAAUAAAGAGACAGCGAAGACGCGAGCCGCUGCACCCCGUGAAGCCCUCACCAACAGCAGCAGCAGCAGCAGCAGCAGCAGCAGCAGCAGCAGCAGCAGCAGCAGCAAAAUUCUACCGAUCAAUUCAUUUUUCUCGAAGCGGCAGAAGCUAGAAGAGAAGCCUCAGGGCACAAAACUGGAAGAGGCGUCUAGCCGCAGUCCACCUGCUGCUGCUGCGACUCCUGCUGCUGCUGCUGCAGCCCCUGCUGCUGCUGCUGCAGCUAGCGAAGCAGCAGCAGCAGCAGCCACUAAUAGAGACAAGGCUGACCCUCGGUCUCGCGAGCGAAUUGUGGCAGCAGAGCUCCGCGCUGCAGCAGCAGAAAGGCGUGCUGCAGCAGCAGCAGCAGCAGCAGCGGCAGCAGCAGCAGCAGCAGCAGAACAGAAUGCGGCCUAA